GUUCUAGAUACAUGAAAAAGAGUUAAAUUUACCUCUAGUUUGAAAUCAAUUCAAAAGCACUCUGUUGUGUAAGCUACUACUAUCUUGUGAUAAUUCUUAUAUUUGAAAGGAAACGGUCAGCGAAACCGCAAUCAGUAUCUUGAGAUUAGGGGUGAAAAUAAAUUGUAUAUGCUUUACAUCGUAGAAUCGAGAGCUUUCUUAGUAGCUUAGUUCAAAUUAACAUGUACGGUUGUUAAUCGAUAGAGAUCAUGCCGUUUCGUAAAACGUAUCAGAUUAAUAAUCGGGAGCAGGGUAAAGUUGCUCAACGAGAUCAGUCAUACAGAAGCUGCCUUAUCGCUCUACUUAUCUUCUUCUUUCUGUGUCUUAUUCUUAUCCUUGCCUGUAUACCUUGGAAAAUACAAAAUCAGAGAAAUUGUAAAGGUAUUCAAUGUACUGAGCAGCAUCGCUAUCAAGAACGCACAAAAGAAGUAACAAUCAUAACAAUUCCAACAACUCAAAGACCUUCAACAGAAAGAGUGGUUCUAUCAAGUACUCAGACAACUCCAAAAAUAGUAAUUACAUCCACUACAACCACAAAAAGUAGAUCAACAGAAGAUAUCAAUGUCAUUACUGAAGAUUACUUGAAGAAGAAUGUUAAAGGAUUUCGUCACUUUGAGCGUUAUUUUGAAAACAAGAUGAAUGAAAUAACAUCACCUACUCCUAUUGUCCCUGAGGUGACUGAUGAUAUCGAUGAUAAAGCAGUUUCAAUAUCACAGAGUGGACCAAUUAUUAGCACCAAUACGUCAAAAUAUACUACAGUUGUUGAUAUUAUACAGGAUGUUAUGACUUCAAAAUUCGUUAAAAAACCUACAAAUGAUUUUACCGAUAGAUAUUACGACUUGGAAAAAUCAGAAGCUGACAUUAUGACUAAUACAUUGUCGACUCAGUCAAAUGACCUCGAAAGAAAUGCUUUUGAAAACUCCACUAAAAAAUUUGAGAGAUUAAAAGCUAUGAGUGGUAUUGAUAAUUAUGAGGAUUCUGUAGUUACAGAGGUCAACGCGAUGAUAAUUAAUGAGACUGUAACUGAAGAGAGUUCUCCUGUCAAUUAUACUCCAUUUAUAGAUGUGAAGUUUUCAACUACAAAAGUUAAAAAUAAAACUGAAGAUAUAAUGAAUAAAACGACCAUGAGCACAAAAAGUUAUACAGAAGAAUACAAUGUAACUUUUAAUGGAACAGAGAAAUACAGCAUCCCUGUAAAUUACAAUGAGAAUCUUAUGAUUACGACAGGAACUACUGUUCUUGAUGAGGACAUGAGUAUUUGCACAACAGGACAUUGCAAAUACAUUGCCAGUAGAAUGCUGUCCUACAUGAAUCACUCGGUCGAUCCUUGCGAGGACUUCUACGAGUACGCUUGCGGUGGUUUCGAAGCCAAUCCACAGCUGAUAGACGAAAACCUAGUUCGGAGAUCUAGAAACUACCAACGGAUUGCUAAUCAGAUGUUAAAAGAGAAACGUGAGAACGUGCAUUCUACUUUUGCGACGUACUACGACAGUUGUGUGCAAUAUGAAAAAAAUAUGAAUUUUAGUGAAAGAAUAAAAAUGGCAAAUGAUACGUUAAGAAAAAUAGGACGGUUCUAUGAAUAUAAUAAUACCACUGUGUGGGGUUUUAAUUACAUGGACUUCACCAAUUUACUCGCCCAAUUAAUGUUACAUCAUAGCGCUCUUUUAUUUGAUGUCGUGCCAGAAUUGGACGAAUAUUAUCCAAACAAUUUUACAUUGAAGAUAAGUCCCACGACUUAUGAGAGUCCUUUUAAAACGGAGCACGUGGAGGAUCCGUGCUUCGAGGACAAAUUAGAGACGAAAGGACAGUACGUGGAUCUUGAAAUUUUGUACAACAAUUAUAAAGAAUGCAAGAAUGAUACAAGUGAAUUUAUAAGAUCCGUUAGGAAAGCAUUGACAGAGCUGAAUGUUUUCAAGGAGUUAAACUUAGAAUGGAAUAUACAAUCCGAAUACAUAGAAAAAACCGUUUAUGUGAUCGAGUCUGUUAUAAUGCAAGAGUAUUUUUCGAACUUUCCGUCUAAAAGUGAAAUGCGGGAGGCGUAUUUGAUGAAUGACUACAGCAAAGUUACUUUAGAAGAUUUGCAGAACAACAGUACUUUUAUAAAUUGGGCACAAUUAAUUCACUUGUUAACAGGACUGGACAUGAUAACUAACGCGAGUAUUCAAGUUUAUUUCUACCCCGCGUUGACCAAAGGUUUAUACAAAUUAGAGAAAUAUGCUCAAGAGGAUCCUAUUGGUCUCAACAAUGCAAUAAUGGGAUUGUACGCGCACAGGCUUUAUCAGGAGCUGGUUUUGCCGAAGCGUGAUAAUGUGAAGGAUUAUUGUCUGCAUGUGGCUACUUAUCUUCUACAGCUGGAAGCGUCUAGUUUAUACAUUUCGUCUUUUACCGAUCACGAAAUAGUGCAAAUGAAUCAAAUGAUAGAAAAGACGUUCAACGAUUUGAAGCGAACGUUAUCAAUAAAUAUGCAAGAAGCACAAUGGGCGAAAGAGGAAGGACGAGAAGAAUUAUUAAAAAAGAUUAGUAGUCUAAAACUCACACUUCCUGUUGUGUCCUAUUUCAAGAAUAGAAACUUGUUAUAUGAUGAAUAUAAUGUAUCAGAGAUAAUUUUGGAUGACAAUUAUUUCAACAAUUCGAUGAUUCUAUUGAAAAGAUACAGAACUCUAAUAUACGCUGAACCAAGUAGACAAGUUGGCGAUCCACAGCAAAUUUGGACAUAUUACGCUACACCGUUUCAGUCGAAGGCCCGAACGAUCUAUGCUCUAAACCUCGUCGUGAUUCCUUACGGUGUCAUUGAUUGGUCCUUAAUAAAUGAUGAAUUAUCUUUCGACUAUCUUGUGCUGGCAACGCUUGGAAAUUUAAUAGCUCAUCAAAUUGCCCAUCAUUUCGACGCAAAUGGUAUACACUACUGGGAUCAAACCAAAAAUACUCAGGAUUCCCUGAUGUUUGAGAACGAAUUCACAAAUGCUCAUUUCGACGAUUACGUUAACUGUCAAAAGGAGAAUAUGUACCAAAAGCCUAUAAAAAUGACAUUACCCUUCACUGAUCAAAUUGUGUCCUUUACGAUUCCGCGAUUGACCUUGAACGAGCGAUUGUCUGAAAUUAUGGGGCUCAGACUAGCCUAUGAUACUUUGGCUUUUACGAGGUCGGAUACGAAGAGACUACCGUGGAUACAACUCCGUAUCAACCAAUUAUUCUACCUCGCCUACGCUCAGAUGUACUGCACAAAGAUGCCGCUUACGUCGUCGUAUGUCUCUCUGUACGAAAGCGGGGAUCUGCCAAACCGGAUCCGCGUAUUCGUCUCUGCGUCGAAUAACAAGCUCCUCGGCGAAGCAUGGAAAUGUGCGUCUGGUUCGCAGAUCGCACCCAACGAUAUCUGCAACGUGUUCCCGUACAUAGAAACCGAGGAGACCGCGAUAGUACUCCCGGAGUGAGGAUUGUUCGCGGAAAAUACAAGUGAACGAGCGAACUUGCAGAACUUCAAGAUCUAGCAGACGAACCAAUGUAAACUAGUCGUUCAUAAAAUGGAUUAAUUGACGGACACAGAAACACAAUUCAGAUCCGUUCAUAUUCUGUGAGAAAUUCGCGUAUAAACAUCUGUAUAACGCAGUUUUAAAAUUUAAUUUUAAAUACUAAGCGCUGAUUUCAUCGCGCAUUCGCAAUCAAUAAAACUGUGUCACUCAAAAGUUCUAAGAGUUUUAAAGUAAAAAAAAUGAAUAUCUGUUUUACUUCUGUAUCUCUAUUUGUAGAGAUUCUCGUUCACAUACAAUAAAAACGUGCUUUAAGUUUA